CGCCCUGGCCUCGCCCCACCCCUCCGCUUUGUCCUGGGAAUGCCCACUCGCUCUGAGGCCCGCCUUCAGGGUGGUGCCAGCAUGUGGCCCAGCCCCUUGCGUAAUUCAACUUCCGCUCGGGGAAAGACCGCUUCCGGUCCCUGAGGCGCGCUGUUCCGCACUAUGGCCGCUCGGCAACCUUUGCGGGUGUUGUGCUUGGCGGGCUUCCGGCAGAGCGAGCGCGGCUUCCGCGAGAAGAGCGGAGCACUGAGGAAGGCGCUGCGGGGCCGCGCCGAUCUCGUGUGCCUCAGCGGCCCGCACCCGAUCGUGGAUGUAGCGGGCCUGGAGGGCGCCGGGCCGGAGUCUGGGCCCUGCCCUCCGGAGGAGCAGCUUCGAGGCUGGUGGUUUUCAGAACAGGAGGCAGACGUUUUCUCCGCACUGAAAGAGCCCACAGUGUGCAGAGGUCUGGAGGAAGCCCUGGGAACGGUGGCACAGGCACUGAACAAGCUGGGACCUUUCGAUGGGCUUCUUGGUUUCAGCCAGGGGGCCGCGCUAGCAGCGCUUGUGUGUGCCCUUAGCCAAGCAGGCGAUCCCCGCUUCCCCUUGCCAAGAUUUGUCAUUCUGAUAUCCGGUUUCUGCCCUCGGGGCCUUGGCCUCCAGGAAUCCAUCCUGCAGGACCCCGUGUCACUGCCUUCACUCCAUGUUUUCGGGGACACUGACCGUGUCAUCCCCUCUCAGGAGAGUAUGCAACUGGCUAGCCGAUUCACUGGAGCAAUCACUCUCACCCACUCUGGUGGCCACUUCAUUCCAGCAGCUGCACCCCAGCGCCAGGCCUACCUCAAGUUCUUGGACCAGUUUGCAGACUGAACGAUCAAUAAAUGCCUUGGCCCCUACACCCCCACCCCAGUCAGUAGGGACACAUGACUUUGGGUCAGCCUCUGUGAUCCCUGCGCCUCCCCUUUUCCCUAUUCUGGGACCUCCACUACUGUUAGUGCUCCUCACCAUCACCAAUUAAGAGAUAAAGACCAAUUCUUAAAACUCAUAGGACCAGCUCUGCACGCAAGAAAAUGGGGAGGAGGAGGCCUUAUUGGGCGUUGACCUUGGAUCGAUACUCAAAUAUGAAAAAGUACAGUGGAGCCCUGAAUGAAUAGAGGGUGACAUGGAAAAAGCAGGGGCUGGCACUACUGCUACCGUCGCACAAUAAAGUGGUGAUUUGGA